GGACCCCGACAGCGUGGUGCUGUGUGUCCUGGCCACCGACGGGGAGGACGAAGGCGACAGCGACCUCCAAGGGGCCGAGCCCCGCGACCUCCACUGCCUCUUGGUGACGAACUCGCACACGGACGCAUGGAAGAGCCAAGGCUUG